AGAAAUUGGUUUCAUUUUCUUUGAUUUACCUCUUUUUUUACGCAAACAAACAGCCCCUUCGAUCGCUUCCUUCAAUCGCCAUUGCCGCUGAACAAAACCCUGACAGCUCCUCCAACGGCAAGCAAGUCGCCGCCAAACCGCCGGCGAAGGAUCUCAAGAAGAAGAAAGGCGAGAAAAAAGAGGAAGAUCUGUCGGAUGAGGAUUUGGCUUUGAAGCAGCAGUUGGAGCUGUACGUGGAGCGAGUUCAGGAUUCAGAAGCUUGCUCUUGAGAGUAUGAGGCAAAAAACUCAAGAAAAGAAAAUGGCGAAAAUCCACUGGUACUGGCCGCUGGUGGCCGCAUCGCUAGCGAUCAGGAUCGUCCUCAUCUUCUGCUUCACUGACGACCUCAACCUCGCCUCUGUCCCCGAGGUUACCACUCCUCUCACUAGCCUCCGCCGACUUGCAGAAGGCUACUGGCUGAAGCAGGCUUCAAUGUCGCCUUACUCUGGAUCCAUGUACCAUGGUUCCCCUUUGCUACUGCCGAUUCUUGGGCCAUUGACUGUGAAUAGAGUUGAUGGACUACCCACACAUAUUUUUUACAGUUUGAUAUUUGUGAUUGUAGAUCUUAUUACUGCCAUGCUUAUCCGGGCAACUGGUCGGAGACUUUUAGUUAAAUACUUUCAGAAUAUGCAACUGCUGAAUCUUGAAAAUGCCAAUCAAGGGAAAUUGGACACCGGAGACUUGGCAUCCCUUGUAUUCUUAUGGAAUCCUUUGACGAUAAUCACCUGUGUUGGCUCAUCAACAUCACCAGUUGACAAUUUGAUGGUCGUAUUGGCCAUCUAUGGAGCUUGUUCACGUAUAGUUCCCUUGGCAGCCUUUGGAUGGGUUAUGGCGACACACUUGUCACUUUAUCCUGCAAUCCUGAUUGUACCAGUUAUUCUUCUAUUGGGAUAUGGUUUGGAUGCUCCUCCUCCAAAGUUAUUCCUGCUUAAAAAUUCCAAUGCAGAUGAAAGUGGGACUUCAAAGCAUGUCAACGAACAUAAAGUCACAAGUCAAACUGGGACAGCUCAACUAUUUUCAUGGAAACCAAUCAUUUACUUUGUGUUGUGGACAUCAAUCUGGUCAUGUUAUGUGUUGUUUCUGAGUGUCAUUACUCUUAAAGGAUUCAAUGGGCUGUCUGAAAUGCUUAGAAAAACACAUGGAUUUAUUCUUACAGUCGAAGAUCUAUCACCAAAUAUAGGUCUCUUGUGGUACUUCUUUGCGGAAGUCUUCGACUUUUUCAGGAGUUUCUUUCUGAUAGUUUUCCAUUUAAAUAUACUCUUCAUGAUUUUGCCAUUGGUCAUACGCUUGAAUCAUCGACCAUGCUUUCUAGCCUUUGUGUUUAUGGCACUCGCUUCAAUGCUAAAAUCUUAUCCAUCAGUUGGUGAUUCAGCUCUAUACUUGGGUCUUUUGGGCCUUUUUGCAAAUGAGUUAGCAGAGAUGCGCUUCCCUUUCUUCCUAUUUUGUGGAUAUGUUGGAGUCUCUCUCCUUAGCCCUGUAAUGCACAAUCUAUGGAUUUGGAGGGGAACUGGCAAUGCGAACUUCUACUUUGCCACCGGUCUUGGAUAUGCUUGCUUGCAGACUGUAUUGAUCGUCGAGAGCGUGAGCACCAUGCUGAAUCACGACAGGAAGCUAAGAAAGCAACUAUCACACCACAAGAUACAGUAGUUUCAUGAUCACACUUUCACCGAUCACGUUAAGAUUUCCUCAAGGUACACAUCUGUCCGUACGAGAAAUCCAGAGCUCUGUCCAAUUUCCGUUUCACCGACAUAAUACAUGACAAGGUCGAAAUUUCCACACUAUGGCGCUCUCUAGAGCAGAAAUAGAUCUUCCACGCAAAGAAUCUGGGACUUACACUUUGGUAGUGAGAGGUCUUCCUUUUCUUUUCAUUUCUUUUCCUUUUUAGGUCUAGUGGAUGACCCCUUUUGUAGUCUCUGCAUGCCUUUCUUACUUUUAAUUUAUAACAAGAAGGGAAAAGCUACGUCU